AUGGAAUCAACUCGUGAGGAACGUAUGCAACAGAGGCUACGAGGGAGCCAGAGACGUCAAGUAAAGGAGGUUGACUUUGGUCUUACAUUUCCAGUUGUGCCCGCUGCGGGCGGACAGGAAUCUCCCGCAAAUCCUCAGCUCGAGGGAGCUCCUACUCCGCAAAUCACAUUCGAUGCAAACAAGGGUUCUGGGGAAGAGCUCAAUCCACGACCAGCUAUUAGAAGUGGUGCCUUUGACGCGAACACGUCAGCGAAGAGGAGGAAGUUGAACAACGAUGGGCCGUCAUCUGGACAAAAUGUCAAUCCAGCACCACUAGCCCCUAUUCCGGAUAUUUAUGCAAUUCCUGGUGAUGAUGGAGAAGAUGCACCCGUACAAGCAGAGAACGAUGAGGCCUCGAACGAAAAAAUACUCUUGUCACCACGCAUUGCUUCGCCGGAGCUUGGACUUCACGAAUCCACGACGGAUGUAAAUAUGGCACAACCACCGCCUGCCACGCUAUAUGAGAUCGAACAAGUCAAUGAAAGCCCUGCAAAUGCCCCAGGUAGCGGACACAGAGCUCGAGUGUUGGAUACUGUCCUACCGGCAAGCUCGCAAUUGAAUGAUGUAAUCAACAGUAGCCCAUUGAGAAGAGCAGCAGCCACUCCAAGAUCGCCCAGGCGGCGCUCGACGAGGGAAAUAUCAGCGAGUCCCGUUCCCACAAACCCUCAAGACGAAAACGGCAUACUAUCGCCAUCUCGGGUUGAUGCCUUUGAGGAGAGUGAAUUAUCUCCUAUUGAGCAGGCCAAGCGACCAAACAAACGACUGCCCAAAUCCGAUGGCCAGCCUCGACCGGCCACCAAGCGUACGCAUCGUAGUACUAAUAUAGAUGAGGAUCCUGCUGUUGAAGAUGUAGUAGCGAUUAGCGACAAUGAAGCUGCUGCCAUAUUGGGAAAGCACUAUGCUGGUCGUAAUGAACAAGCUCUCUAUCGCGAGGCAUCACCGGAUCUGGGCAGUAGUAUGCAAACCGUGUCCACUCCAGCAGAUCGCGUCCGUAAGAAGAGUCAGAGAUCUCACAGGCUGCCGGGAAAGAGGCAGCAAAGAAGUUCUACAAAGCCCAAAGCGCAAGUCUCUAAAAAUCCAUCUAGACGCGCGAGUCUCCGCAGCGGAAGCCCGAUACCAGUUACUGUACACCGUCUUACAAAGCGGCCGCGGAGUAGUAUCGACGAACACGACCCAAAUCAUCCUACUGAUGAAGUACCGUAUGCUAGACGGCCUGGUGUUAAUUCUAUAGACGUGCUAAGUCAAGUCUGCACUGAGAUAAUUGACAGUGGAUUGAGUACGCUCGAAGAAGGCAGGAGAAACGCUGAAGACAAUGAAUUGAGGCGAGAAUAUAAGACUAAAUGGAGUGCCUUGAAGUCUUUUGGCUCUGAAUUGCAGUCACGAUUGCUAUCGCAUACGAUCAACCUUGACAAUGGAUAUACCCUUGAUAAACGCGUUCGUGAGGAACUAAAGAAAAAAGUAGCUCUCAGAGAAGAGAUAUUGCGCGUGCGCUUAGAGCGGGAACAGUUAGCAUUACAAAUGGAUGAAAUCAGAAUCAAGCAUGAGAACGAAACAAAACUUGUUCAGGAACGUGAUGCUCUCAAUACUGCUGCACACGAUAUUGAAUUAGCCGUAGAUCGGGGCAGGACCAACCGACCUGUUCACAGUUCGAACGAUGUGAAAAUGAGCGGGCCCGAAGUGAUUUUGAAGCGGAUUGUAAAUAAAAUCAGUAACAAGGGUGACUCUGGUGGCAUCCUUAAACAGAUCAAAGAUUUCAACGGCUUUCUCGAACGAGCUGCACUCGCUCUGGAGUCUAAAGCGGGUUGA